CCGCCGGAAAGCCGCGCCCGCUCCCUAUCUCCCCGCUCACACGACGAUCUACCUCGGUCAAACGGUCCCCUUCACACCAGCUUACCCAAUUCCCCGUACCACCAAAAUCUCACCAAAAUGUCCAACAUCGCCUCGGACGCGCAGCUCUUCGAGGAGCACUUCCGCAUCGAGCGGCUGGGCGACAACAAGUACGACCGGGUCGACCGCAUCUAUUGCAAGUCCGAGGACAAGAGCAUAAGCAUGACGCUCGACAUCAACAAUGAGCUGUUCCCUUGCAAGCCGGACGAGGAGCUGCACGUCGCGCUGGCGACGUCGUUGCACUACGACGGCAGCAAGGACGACGAGCGCGGGUGGCGCGACGUGGCCAAGGCCGGCGCGAGCGAUGCCACGCUCGCCGAUAUCUUCGACUACGUUUGCUACGGCAAGAUCUACAAGUUUGAGGAUGCCGCGGAUGGGAAAGAGAUCAAGGCGUAUAUUUCGUUUGGCGGUCUGUUGAUGUCGCUCGAGGGGCCGUACAAGAAGCUGACGCCCCUGCGUGUGGAUUAUGUCUACCUCCUUGUCCGGAAGCGAUGAUCGGGCUUUCCCUCAAGACAUACGGAGUUUGGAUUUUAGGAGGAUAUAGAUGAUUUGCGGCAUGAUGAGAAGAGAUUCUCAUGGGAUAUCUGGCGUUCA